GUGAUAAAAAGCGCCGGAAGAGAAAUCUUGUUGAAUGAUGCCUUCAACUAACACGGAAAUGCGGCGCUCAAUGUUUUUAUUGUCCUGUACUAUAUUUGUUUGAAUCAUAACCACGCACUCAUUUAUUUACACAACAUAAAUGUAUACAUCCAUGUAAGAAUAAAUACCGUUAUACACAUCAGGCGGCUGUUUGACGGACAUGACUCAAUGGUUGAUGCUCAAGCGUCGUUUUUCCCGACAGCCCUGAACGCAGCACGUGCUUCUCUUCAUCCCGAACCGUCAUCGAACACCGUCUUCGUCUCGCCUCCUUUUCUUUGGUUCCCAAACCGCAGCCACCAUGGACCGGACCGAAGACCCGACCCCGAACCGACACCAGGCCGUCGCGGAGAUGCAAGACGCGGCGAGCGAAGCGGACCGAGCGCCGCCGCCGCAGCCCGACGCUCGGCGCGACGAGGCUGCGGAUGCUGAUGCGACGGAGGCCGACGUGAGCGAAGUCCUUCUGGACCGGCGCGACGAACCGGACGCCGUCUCCGAGAAGCAAGAAGGGAAGGACGGCCAGGAGAAGCGAGCCGUGAACGGUGCGGAAGCGCAGUCGGAGAAGAACGGCUGCGUCAAGGUGAAGAUGGAGCAGGAGGAGCAGGAGAAAUUCACCGGACUCAACAAGGAGGAGCUGCUACGAGUGGCGGGCACGCCCGGGUGGGUGCGCACUCGCUGGGCCCUGCUGGUCCUCUUCUGGCUGGGCUGGCUGGGCAUGCUGGGGGGCGCCGUGCUCCUCAUCCUGCAGGCGCCGCGCUGCCGAGACCGGCCCGCCACCCACUGGUGGAACCGCGGGGCGCUCUACCACGUGCCCAGCGUGCACGCCUUCACCGACGCCGGAGACAUCAGAGGUGUACAGCAGAAGGUGGACGCCUUGUCCAAGCUCAAGUUCAAAGGCUUGGUGAUUGGGCCGGUGCACGUGGCCCCGCCCGACGAUGCCAUCGCGCUGAGCUUUCAGGAGAUCGCAGCUGAUGCCGGAAGUCUGGAGCAGUUCAAAGACCUCGUGCGGGUCGCGCACAGGAAGGGUGAGCGCGCGCACGCCAGCAUUCAAAAGGGAAUCUUCGUCUUCUGUGGCAGAGACGCAGCGAGAGCUCAAAGUGGAGGACAGCGAACCCCCCCCCCCCCGGAUGCCAUUUGUUCGGACAAAUACAACGCGAUGAACUUGCAGCCCGCCUUGGUCUUCUGGUUCGGCGCGGGCGUGGACGGCGUUCAGUUGGCGGACGUGGAGCACGUCGCCGCCGCCGUGCCGUCGCUGUGGGCCGACAUCUGGGCCAUCGUCCAGAACGGGACCAACGAGCGGCCCACCAGGAGACUUCUGAUGGGCUCGACCGAGCGGCGCUCGGCCGCCGCCGUGUCCGCCCUUCUGUCGUCCACCGGCGUGGACCUCCUGACCUCCGGGGUCCUCCCGGAGGGAGACGCGUCCGAGCUCGCUCGCUCCGUCCUGGACUUGUACGCCGCUCACUCUGCGACCGGUCUCGCCUGGAACCUGGGGGGCCGGGGGGCGGGUCACCUGGCCUCGCUCGUGGGCCCGGCCCUGGCGCCGCUUUACCAGCUGCUGCUCUUCACGCUGCCCGGGACGCCCGUGCUCCAGUACGGCGAUGAGAUCGGCCUGAUGGACGAGGGCACAAAGUUUCCCAGAAUGAUUUGGGACUCACCCGGGGGGGACGAGGAGCAGGAGCUUAACGCAACCCUCAAGGUAAACGAUUGCAAACGCAAAAUGAAACUGGCCGAGGUGGUCCUCGCCACCGCCGGCGCCCCGGCGGCGGGCGCCCGCGUGAACCCCGCCAGCCUGCGUCUGGGCGCCGGGCAGGCGAUGCUGCUCAAGUUUCCCUACGGCGGCUAGAAGCGCCAUGUCAUCAUCGUGUUUGGAUCUUGCGUUUGUGUCCUGAAAAAAAUAAAAAGGCAAAUAAAUGUCAACCGCGUCACGACAAAAUACUUGGUU